UGUUUGUUGAAAUGCGUGAGUGAUCAGUAGAUACCUAGGUUGAAUUGAAACCCGCACCAGUUAGUCCUUCACUCUCAAGUCUCAAAUGUUAUCUAAGGUCAAGUCUAUGCAUGGCUCUAUAGCUAGAAGAGGGUUUUUCUUCUAUGGCCUUUGAGCAACAAAAAUUCACCAUUCCAAACAGUUUAAUUAAAAGAAAUUUCAGUUAACUUUACUAAGGUUAAUUAGAUCAAAUGGUAGGUAAUUAACAAGACAUCGGACACGUUUUUUUUUAACCGAAAAUAAUACAAUAUACAAGUUUGUCUUUGGACAUACGAUAUAGAUCUAAACUCAGGUCGUCAAGCCCCUUUAUAAGUUUCUUUCUUGAACUGUCAUCAAAAAAUUCCAUGAACUGUCAUCAUCAAAGCAGCGAAACACGUUACUACUAUUACUCUACCCUUUAUAAGUUUCUUUCUUGAACAAUAAUACAUAUUGAAAAAACAUUCUUAGUUACACAACAAGCUACUUUCUUUCUCACUUUCCCUAUUUAGAAACCCCAAUUUUUCAUCUUCUUUAUCUCCUCUUUGGUUUCUCAUCCUCAUUUGAUUCACUAGAGAGAGAGAGAGUAAUUGUGAGCAAAAAACCAUAAUGGGUCGUGGAAAGAUUGAGAUCAAGAAGAUUGAGAACUCAACAAACAGGCAGGUCACCUACUCAAAGAGAAGAAAUGGUAUUUUCAAGAAAGCUCAAGAACUCACCGUCCUCUGUGAUGCCAAAGUUUCUCUCAUCAUGUUCUCCAGUACUGGCAAGUUUCAUGAGUUCAUCAGCCCAAACAUAACGACAAAGAAGGUAUAUGAUCUGUAUCAAAAGGCUUUGGGGAUAGAUCUGUGGAGAACUCAUUAUGAGAGAAUGCAAGAGAACUUGAGGAAGCUCAAAGAGACCAACAAUAGGCUAAGGAGAGAGAUCAGACACAGAAUGGGAGAAGAUCUGAACGGUCUAAGCUACCAGGAACUGAGCGAUCUUGAACAAAAUAUGGCUUUUUCUGUGGAUCGUGUGCGUGAAAGAAAGUACCACGUACUCAAAACACAGACCCAGACCUACACGAAGAAGGUAAAAAGCUUAGAGCAAAUGCACAGCAACCUCCUACUUAAUUUUGAAACAAAAUAUGAGGAUCCGCAGUAUAGUGUGGUGGACAAUGAAGGAGUUUAUGAAUCAGCAAUGGUGCUGGCGACCGGGGCUUCGAACUUGUAUGCAUUUCGGCUGCACCACAGCCAUGGAGGAGGAGGAGGAGGAUAUGGAGACCACGAGCUUCGUCUUGCUUGAGUGGCAUUGAAUGUCAUGUCAUAUAUAUAUAUACACAUAUAUCCGUAUGUGUAUAUAUAUUUAUAUAACCUCUUCAGGCAUCUAAUAAAGUUUUCCCAAUCCUCAAUCUAUG